AUGGUCUUCGACGUCGCCAACGCGUACCCGAACCUCUCGGCGGAGCUCAAGACCCGGUCUGUCGCGCCGCGAGUCACGGUGAAAGCAGCGUUGGUGGCCACCCGACACAGUCAACCGCCCCCGGCAACGGCACCGGCCGCUCUGCGCCGCCAGCCGAGCGAGUCGCACCUCGUAAAGCCGGCGCGGCAAGAGGCGCCAAAAUCUUUGUGCGCGAGUAUUCCAGCGCUCCCACUGCCCGAGCCGAAAGCGCGACGUCGGCAGCUACCGAUGCCAGUCUCGGACGACGCCAAACAACAGCUCGCCAAGGCACGGAGCCAGCUUCUGAAAUCGCCGCUGAUCGAAUCAGAAAGCGACAACAACAACAACAACAAUAGUCUCCAACAAGCAUCAUUGACAGCAAGUGCUUCGACGCCGACGCUUCCCCGACGGAUCUCGAGCUCGCCCGCCGAGCCGAGUGUGCUGGAGCGAAGCCUCUUGAACAACACAAGCUUGCGCGCAAGUGCGUCCAUGCACGAGCUAUUGCCCAUUGCAAGUAAGCCCCGUGCUCGGUUUGCCCGGCGCCAGCUCACGCCCAAUGGAGCGCCGUUGCCGCGGGUGUCGCAGCGGUGGCAGCCACCAAAGGUCGGGUUUGGCCUCGAGCUACCGCUCGACAAAGAAGCCGUCGACGAGACGCCCGAGAACACUGGUUUCUUCCUCACCGAAGUCGCGAUUCCGGGUGCAUAUGUGCCCGUGACGGAGCAAUUGGCGCUCGCAUCGUACCAGCUCUACGCGCGCAACGACCUUACGGCGGCGGUGGCGACGCUCCAGAGCGUGCUUCGCCUCGCCGCGACGCUCGAUGAUCUCCCGCUGCAAGCCCUGGUCCACCACCAUCUCGGCACGGCCAAGAAGGAAAUGGGGCACUUUGCCGCGUCGAUUGCGAGCCAGCUCGAGUGCAUCCGUCUCGCCUCGUUAGCGGGGCACGCCAAGCUUCAGGGCCGCGGGCUCAAGGGUCUCGGCGUUGCGUAUGUGAGCACGGAACAGUACAGCCGCGCGUACGAAUGCCACACCAAGUGCCUCCUGCUCGCAUCCAGCGAAUGCGACUUGGACCUCGAGGGCCGGGCCCAUGCAAACCUCGGCAACGUCUGCUCGGCGCAGGGCCAGAUGGACCAAGCGAUUGAUUGUCAUUUGAAGGACCUCGCGCUCAUGAUCGAGCUGGAUUCGCAUGCGGGCCAGGCCCGCGCGCACCACAACCUCGCGCUCGUUUACGAAAAGAUCAACCACCCGACCAAGCAAAAGCAGCACGAGAAAAUGCGCAAGGCGCUCGGACCGAUGCCAUUUGUGCACGAUAUGCUCAUCCACGCGUACGAUGUCGUCGGCAACAUCUACCUCCAAAUGGAGUCGGAUGCGACGCCGAUCGCAAAGAGGAUCGGUGACACGCUUCGCUCCCUUGCUCGGCCGUCGUAGCCCGUAAUUCUACUGCACCUUGUUCUUUCAUGC